AUGGCUGUUGCCGCCUCUUUGUUCCCAAAGCCAGAAAGAGGUUUGGCCAGAAACAAGAUGUUUGCAGUUUGGUGGGUUGUCUUCUCCAGUUGGUUGUCGCCAUCGCUUAGCCAGCAGUUGCUCCCCACGGAUGCUGUCAUCAGAGUCAAUAAGGCUGUCUUGCACAAUGCUGUCUCCAAUUCAAUGGCUCAAAGCAAUGCCCUCCAAGGAGCAAUGAGAGACCUGCCGCCUGGAGAUGGAGGAAGUGGUGGUGGUGGUGAUGGUGGUCUACUAGGAGGCCUUCUUGGUGGUGGAGGCGGUGGAGGCCUACUAGGAGGACUUACUGGGGGGUUGCUUGGUGGAGGUGGAGGACUGCUUGGUGGGGUCACUGGUGGGUUGCUUGGAGGAGGAGGACCAGGUGGUGGUGGGGCGUAUGUUCAGAGACAGGCUGUCUACAGUGCUCCAGGUGCUGGUGGUGGCAAUGGUGGUGGUCCUGGUGCUGGUGGCCUGCUAGGACCACGAGGUCUGCUGGGUGAUGGAGGUCUGCUUGGCACUGCAGGGAUACUUGGUGGUGGUGGUGGUCUCCUGGGUAAUGGAGGUCUUCUGGGCAACGGAGGGCUCCUUGGUGGAGGAGGUCUCCUCGGCAUCCUCGGGGAAGGAGGUCUACUCACCACGGUCCAGGGGCUUACGGGGUUACGAAUUGUGGAACUGACUCUUCCCAGGAUAAACCUGAGGCUUGUACCUGGAAUUGGGGUUCACUUGGAUUUAUAUACCCGGGUAGCUCUCAAUGGCAAGAGUUUCCUGGGUUUGUUGGACAUUGCGGUGGAGGUGAACAUCACAACCACUGUCCGGUUGACCAUGGAUGGGACAAGUUACCCCAAGCUGGUGAUUGACCACUGUGACACUCUUCUUGGAGGCAUUAAAAUCAGACUCCUCCGGGGCCUGCUUCCAAUUGUGGAUAAUUUAUUAGCCCGUGUACUUAACAGGCUUCUUCCUGACCUGCUUUGUCCUGUCAUUGAUGUUGUCCUUGGUCUUGUCAACGAUCAGCUGGGAUUUGUGAACUCACUGGUUCCUCUUGGUGUACUGGGGUUCCAGUACACUGUUUCCAGCCUUCCACUUGUCACGGGACAGUUCCUGGAGAUCAAUUUAAAUGUUUUCCGGAUGUUCCCAGAGCCACGUCCUCUGCUUCUGAAGGUGAUGGUCCCUGAGGUUCCAUCUGUGAAGCUGCCGAAAGACAGGGCCUGA